AUGGGCAACGGCGAGAUAGUCAACGGCCACGGCCCAAUGACGCUACAAAAGGCCCUGGACAUCGCCCGCGAGAACCAGUCCGGCCUCGACCCGACCAUCGCCGCCUUCCUGCACCGCGAGCUCGACGGCGUGUGGGCCAAGCUGCGCGCCCAGCCCGACAGCUACAUUUUCACGCGCGACGAGUACAGCCUCUUCAACUACUUCCAGCAGCAGGCCAACGGCAACGAGCUGGCCACCAAGGCAAUCCAGCGCUUCUGGAACCACUACCGCAUCGCCGACUCGGCCUCGAGAGGCUAG